AGAUGGACGAGCCGCGCAGUCCGGCGGCAGGGAGCUCUCUCCGGGCGCGCCUGGCUGCCUCUCGCGCUGCCUCGGCGCUCCUUCCGUCCAGCUCCGGCCGCGCCUGACGGGUGGGCCGCCCGAGAGGGAGCCUUGCGGGGCCCGGGCGCCGGAGAGCCUCGCUCGCCGCGUCCUCCGCCCGCCCGCCCGCCGCGCCGGGUCCCGCGGUCCGUGGGACGGCGAUGGUGCGCCGCCUGUGCGCGCUGCUGUGGGCGCCGCUGUGGGCUCUGGCGGCGGCGUCGGGGGCUCCUCCGGGCCCGGUGGUGCGCUGCGAGCCGUGCGACUCCCGGGCGCGGGCGCAGUGCCAGGCGCCGGCGGCGCCGUGCGCGGAGCUGGUGCGCGAGCCGGGCUGCGGCUGCUGCCUGACGUGCGCACUGAGCGAGGGCCAGCCGUGCGGCAUCUACACGGAGCUGUGCGGCGCCGGGCUGCGCUGCCGGCCGCGCCGGGGCGAGCAGAAGCCCCUCCACGCGCUGCUCGACGGCAAGGGGCUCUGCACCAACGUCAGCGGCGCCCCCCCGGAGCCCGCGCCCGGAGCCGGCGGCGGCGAAGUGCGAGCCUUGCUGCUGCGAGGGACCCGCGGGCCAGGUGAGCGAGCGAGCGAGCGAAGGAGGGAGGGAGGAGCCGCCCGCCCGCCCGCCCGCCCUCAGCGCGGCUGGCGGGACAGGCGGGCGCUUCCCCCGGGGCAGCUUCCCGCGGCGCAGGAAUGGAAGGUCCCGUGCGCCGCUCCGGUCCCUCCUCGUGCCGUCAGUUCGGGCUGUGCGCAGCUUCUCGCCGCGGGCCAUUUCCUUAGAAAUCUGCCUUCUCAGAUUCUGCUGGUUUCCAGCGCUCUUUCUGGCGCUUCGGACUUCGCGUCUGGUCUGGGGCUGUAAACGACCUUUCCUUAUUCAUUGUAAGCCAGCCGGAGACCUUCAUGUUACCGGGUGGCAUACAAAUGCUAUAAAUCAAGCCCGCUCUCCUUCAGUCGCAUUUUGAAAUGCCCCGGCGCCCGGCCUGCCCCGCUCCGGGUGCGGAAACUGCUCGCUGGGAGCGGAGUUGGCGCUUGGCUGGGCGAAUUUUGUGCGGACCAUUUUCUGCGCAAUUUCGGCUCGGCUGUUGGGAGAGCAAGUGAAGUUUGCUUUGCUGUAUCGCCCCCUGGCGUUUGAUUUGUGCUUGUGUCCACAACAGCUCAGUUUCUGAUGUAUCACCUGUGACCAAAAUGCUUGACUUUAAGACAGAAAAGGGCAUGAUGAUGUAAUAUGACCUUUGACCUUCUCACUUGACACAUUUUUUCCUUUGCGAACACUUAGCUCCCAAAUGAGAAAAAAGUUUAGGUGUUGAAUUGCUCUAUAUUCUGGUCACAAUUGUGACUGUAUUCUGUUGCAAAAAUGUGUCAGCUCUGGCUCAGUUCAGUAAUUAUUAUAUAUAUAUAUAUAUAUAUAUAUAUAUAUAUAUAUAUAUAUAUAUAUAAACUUUUUAAAAAGUUAUCUAUGUCUCAAAACCAUUCUUUGCACACGCAAAAGAUGGAGGGAGGGGACACUGAUGGACUGCAUAAGAGCCUUCCCAAUUCCCGAAUGAACGAAUGAAUGGUCAGUCUCAUCAACCUCAGGAGACUAAAACAAGCAUAGUCAAGUGUCUUAUUUGCAGCCUUCCUAGAAAGUGGAGGGGAGGAGGGAAGCGCUGCCUGGAGCAAAAACUGUGCUGUGCAACCCUGUUCAUAUUCACUUGGAAGUGCAGCUUAAUGCUCAACAGAGACUUGUGCCCUUGUGAGUUUGCCUAGAAUUGCAACUCUUCAGUUCAGUCCUACGUGUUUCCUGUCAGAAAUAAGUUCCAUUGUUUUCAGUGGGACAUACUCUCAGCAGGUUUCGGAUUUGCUAUAGUAAUAAUGUAUGAUACAAAUGAUGGUGUAAAUUGUCAUUUUCAAACUAAAUUUGGGGGCUUCCAGUGACUUCCUAAGGGGUCAAAAAAGGAGGAUUCUCAAUUUACAGUUGUUUUGUUUUUUAACAAAACUACUGUAAAUUGCCAGAAAAACUUGCAGAAGAAAACCAGUGACUCCAAUUACAGUGGUGCCUAUAACUGAGCACAGGUGGUCAAGUCAACUUCCUUAUACACAGUUUUUCUCAGAACACAAGGUUGGAAUUCAGGAUUGGAAAAGUUGCAUAGGCUUAAAAAAAAAAAGCAUUAUAAGAGACUGGUUUGCUGAUAAUGAAGAUCAUUUGAGGAUUUGUUUCUUGAUAGCAGAUCGUUUUUGGCUGACCUUUCCUAAAUUAAGAAGCUGUUUUUCUGUCUACACUUGAGUUGACUAAGUCCCCAGAGUGUCUUAGCCUUGCAUGCAAGGAAGGACUUUAGGCCAAACCAUAGCUAAGUGGGAAUGUGUGGGCACUCACUGUAGACAUCAAGGCUGCUUUGCUCCUGUGGGGCUACCCUACUUGGAGUUAAGGCCUUUGUGUUGCAUCCACAGGUGGCCUUUCAAACCCGAAGACCUAGCCAAGGCUCAUUCUUGCCUUACUGCAUAUGGCUUGUCUGGGAGAGGAAAACCACAAGGCUGGGUUUGGACAUCACAUGGUUUAGCUCUGGGUAGGGUGACAGCAGGAUGACCAGGGAGGAGCAAAGUGGCCAUUAAAAAAAAUAAAUAUAUAUUAAUUUUACUGUGCAUACCUGCACAUUUGUGGUAUUGUCAUGGUUCACGGUUUGGCUAAGCAUCACAUUGCAGACUGGGCCAUUAAAACAAAAGUCCAUUAGAAAAAAAAAUCCCGAGUCCACAGCUGGGCCAAAAUAUCAUGAAAGUGUGGCAAGCUUUAGAGCCCUUCAUCAGGUGAGAUGUUACACAAAGCAAGGGAUGGGGUCAGGAAAAAUUAACAAAAAUAAACAAAAAUUAAGAGUGGGUGUUAACAGCCAAGAGGUCAUCUUGUAUCCUCAGUUCCAAGGUUGAGAUGACAGCAUUCCCAAGUGCAGCAGAGAUUACAUAUCUAGGAUUCUGGGAUAAAGAAUCAGUGGCUGCUUCUUAUCCAAAACAACCCAUUCAAGGCAGAAUCUACAACCGAGAAAGAUAAUUUUUCACCAUCCAGAGAUGGGCGUUGCACUUUGAGGGUUAUAUAUCUUCCAAUCAGUUGUUUCGAUUGACUUUUUAAAACUUGGUAUGCCACCCAACGUUCAUUCCUGCCUUUCCUCAAAUAAAGACUGUCAUGUGCUCGCUUCGGCAGCACAUAUACUAAAAUUGGAACGAUACAGAGAAGAUUAGCAUGGCCCCUGUGCAAGGAUGACAUGCAAAUUCGUUUAUUUAAUAAAUAAAGAAAUAAAUAAAGACUGUCAUGCUUCUCUUUACUUCAACUCCCAGGAACCUGUGUCUAUUUGACUUUUAGAAGACAUCUGAAGGCAGCCCUGUUUAGGGAAUUUUUUAAUGUUUGACGUUUUGUUGUGCUUUUAAAUUUUUGUUGUAAGCUGCUCAGAGGGGCUGGGGAAACCCAGCCAGAUGGGCGGAGUAUAAAUAAUACCAUAAAUUGUUGUUGUUGUUGUUGUUCUUGUUAUUUAAGAUUUGGAUUACUACCAGACUUUAAUUUCUCACAGAUGAUGAGUAGAAAUUGCUUCUUUAUCCCAGGAUCUAGGUGUGUAACCUGAUGCCUGUAGCACCUGCCACGGAUUUGUUUAGCUUGCAAUAUCUACCCUGGAACUGAACUUACAAGCAAACCUCAUGGCUUACAAGUAUCAGCCCAGUUUUUGUACUCUACUUCCAUCCCCCUUGCCCGUCCUUUUGAACAUCUCACCUGAUAUGAAGAGUUCUGGAGAACUCUAAAGCAGGCCAUGCGUUCUGAUUGGGCCUGAGGAAGGUAUCACUCCAAUGUGGAUUUUGGAAUUCAACAUGACCCAUUAACAAUUGCACAUUUCUGACUCUCACCUUGUGACAAUUGAAUGAGGAAAAUCUUUAAAUAUGCCACGCUUGCAAACAGCAUUGCGCUACAUCAGUUUCUUUCAUUUCUUGGAGUCCACUCAGAAUAAUAGGCAGCUAUUAUUUAAUCAGAUGUACAAAUCAAACCUGAGCCUAUUUGUCGGUUAAGAAGAGGAAAAGGUGGGUUUUGUGGCCUCAUAUAUCAGCCGUGGGAAUGAGCAGGCCGGGCUGGCUCCUUUUUCCACGUUAGGGAUACUACUUGCCCUGAUUCUUUCACCUUUGAUUUCCCUAACGGUGAAUAAAAGCAAGACCCCGUCUCUCUGCAGUGGGGCAUAGAGGACUCUCACAGUGCAGUGCUACAGACAUGGGACUUCAUAUAUGUGGGAUUGCAGUUUCAGUGGCCAGAAGUGAGUGGAAAGAUUCAGCUCAAUAAGUGCAGCUGAUGUGAUGUGCAGCCUUCCUUCUCAAUGGGGCUUAUUGGGGGCUGCCAUGGCGGUCCCUGCAGAAGCAGACUGACUCUCAGGAAUGGAAUCCCCCCCCCUUUAUUCAGGAAGCACUAAGCAAAGGGGGGUGGUUUCUGAUACUUAGCGAAAACUCACCUGUUUGCUUGGACUUUCCUGAACCCCUGUCGCUGAGUUGUUCUGGCCUAUGUGUGCUGCAAUAUGUAUGACUUUUUAAAAAAUGGUUUUAUCUUUCUGAACUGCUAUGAGAUGUCUUUGUAAUAAAAUACUAAGAAAUGAAAAUACUUACUGAAAUGAAAGAAAAAUGCAGCACUGAACCAUUUUUUUAAAUUAAAAAAUCAGCAAUCAAGCUGAGAUUUGCCUAAAGUGAAUAGGACCCUCACUGUUCCAGAACCCCUGGGGUUCCUUGGAAGCUUCUCAGAGCUUCCUCCCUGUAAAGGAUCCAUAAUGACAGGCAGGUCUCUCAGGGUGCCAAUUUCCCACUGCAAUGUUCAGCUUAAGAGAGUAUGCAUUAUCUUCUAGGUCUGGGGUUCCUAAACUCCCCCACCCCCCAGAGCACUCGAAAAGCAUAGAGGGUCUGGGUGGAUCACUUUAAUACUGUUUUCAGUUUGCAAUGCAUUGUGCUAGAUGCUGUAUGCUUAUUUUUUUAAAGAGUGUGUGGUGGGGGCUUCUUUUAUUGUCUUCCAUCACAAUGUGGAUUUCACAGUGUACGUGUUCUUAACAGACAUGUGGACUCCCCAAAUGGAGCUCAUGUACCAUUGUUGUCUUGGGUCACACUGGCUAGUAGCAUGGGGCAGCGGUGUGGCUCCGCAAGACUUGCCCUUGUGCCACAUAAACUGUGCGCAGCUUGGAAUGUGCUGCAGACUCUUUGACACAUGCUGGCAUAUGCUGGGCAGAGCUGGCUAGUGAGGUGGGGGGGUAGCAUUUGCCUCAGGUGGCAGAAGUGCAAGAGGGGGCCCCCUGCCCACCCCACCGCUUUGGCUGCCAGAGCACCCUCCUCUGACCGAUUUUCUGCAAGGCUGGCAUUCUGGUAAGUGGCACAGCCUGGCAGGACACUGCCCCCUCUCCUAAUUUGGCACAUGGUGGUGCAUUCCACCAGUGGCAGAAGUGGGGCAGCACGUUAUUAUUUCACCUCAGGUGGCCCCACAGGACAGCCCAUCCCUGCUGCUGGGGGUCUUUGACAGACCAUUCCCUGAAAGCAGGAAGUUUGAAACGGCUGCACUAGGACAAGAAAGCUGCAUCCUCCUUUUCUAGAGACGAGUGGGGAGAGAGGAAGCAUAAAAAUUAAACAAAUUUAUAGAUGGCUUCACAGCAUAAACCCCCUGAAGCAGAGUACAGAGUAUAAACAAAACAAAACACAAGCUCUAAGAACCAUCAGAUCUAUUUAACUAACUCCAAAACAGCAAAACCAUCCGUCCAAACUCCAAAAAGCAAAUAAAUCAUUGUAUAAAUAUAUGUAUAUAUUUUUGGGGGAUUUGCUAUGGGAGAACCUGGGCAAACCAAUCAGCUCAGCCCCUCGGCAAGUCCCUAGCGGAGCUUCCAUCUCAAGGGAGCCGGGAGUCCAAAAAGGAAAGCCUGGCUCCCUCCGGGGGGGGGGGGCUCUCCUCUUCUGAUGGCCAUCUGCCGUGGGGGCUUCAGUUGAGAGUCCAGCAUUGCAGGGGGUCCCUUCCAGCUCUGCAGUUCUAGGAUUGUAUGGUAACAUGCUCAGCAAAAAACUACAGACCAGUGUUGUGCCUGUCGAAGGGGAAGCAUUCCUCCAUCACAACUGGGGGUUUCAUGGGUGGAUGUUUAGCAAAGCAAGAUAGUCAUCUGAAGGCAGCCCUGUUUAGGGAAGUGACCUUUUAAUGUAUUUUUAAUCUUUGUUGGAAGCCUCCCAGAGUGGCUGGGGAAACCCAGCCAGAUGGGCGGGGUACAAAAAAUAAAUUAUUAUUAUUAUUAUUAUUUAUUUAUUAUUCACAGACCUGCUUGCUGUGUGACGUAUUCAUAUUUUGGAAAUGAUGUAGGUGGCACAAUUGCCCUCUUCCAUUGCCUUGGCCAGAGCCUUCUGGCAUUCAGAGAUUCCAAAGACAGGGCGAAACAUCUCCACCCCACCCCCAAAUAAAAGGCUACGUUGCUUAGACAACCCCAUUUUUCCUUUCCAGAGUGAUUCUGAGGCAACUAUAAAAGGAGAUGAAGCUAACUUGGCAACCGUUGUGUAAAAUAACAGGGUCUUUUCUCAUUCAGUCUCUUCCAAACUUUGGAAAGGCCUAUAUAUGCCUGGGCAGUGGGACAUAAUUAUUUCUAACUAUGCUCAAAGUUCAAAGGGGGAGGGGAAAUCAGGUUGCUAUUUUUAUGAAUAGUUCAUUGCCAGAUCACAUAAAUAAGUUAGUCAUGAUCCGGUAAUAGAUAUGCAAACUAUUUUCUAAAGAUAUAUAUAUAUGCAGAUGGGAAAUGAUAAAGUAACAUGGAAUGCUUGAAAAAAAAUCUAAAAACAAAAAUAAGGUUUUUCAACAGAAAAUUUGUGCAGACUUUAUUAACAUACUUUCUGUGUGUAUGUUUUAAAUUGAAUUGUGCAAAAUACCCAAAUUAACAAACCCCAGUGUGAAGUUUAAACAUUGCUGAGGCUUUGAAUAAAACCCAUAGAAAACAGAAUACUCUGUUUCCUCAAAUCUGGUUUCUUAAACGUUUAUGUUUUGUGUGUGCCGAGUGUCAGUAGUAGCUGUGCCAAAACCACCUGCCAGAAGGUGAUGCCUUGGCCCCCCUUUUGCCAACCGGCCACAUUUUCUGCUGCUCAGGCCUUCAGCUCCACUGCAGAACUUCUUGCCUUGUGUCAUUUUGAAUAAAGAUGUCAGUACACAUUUGCUGUGGUCAGUUCUAAAGCCAGGCAGUUCUCUGCUCUUCAUUUAAUAGUUGUGCAUUCUCAGUGUAAUUGCCACAGGUGACAGCUGAAAUGGAAGCCUGAAGCAAGCUUGAGAGAUGCUCCCUUUAAAAACAUCCAAGACCAAAUGCAAUCCGCUGCAGUCACACGAAGACGAAAUAUUGUGCAGACCUGCAAGCAUUGUGUCUGUCCCAUAUUUGAAAGCAAUUCUUGGUAAUGCUUAGCAAAAGCCAAAUCAGCAUAAUGUCCAAGGAUCAUAGCAGAACAAUGUUCACAGCUUUCAAAUACAGUGGUACCUCGGGUUACAGAUGCUCCAGGUUACAGACGCUUCAGGUUACAGACUCCACUAACCCAGAAAUAGUACCUCAGGUUAAGAACUUUGUUUCAGGAUGAGAACAGAAAUCGUGCGGCAGCAGCAGGAGGCCCUUUCAGUUAAAGUGGUACCUCAGGUUUAGAACAGUUUCAGGUUAAGAACGGACCUCCGGAACGAAUUAAGUUCUUAACCCAAGGUACCACUGUAGAUUCUAGAUUUAUUUAAAGAGAAUUAAAUAUGAAAUAAUUUAGAACAUGGAAUAAAGCCCAAUGACAGCAGCUGUAUAAGCAAUUGGUCAGAAUAUCCAUUUAAAUAAAUAUCAACCUGUAAUGAGUAUGGGUUGCUCGUGCGUAAGUUGCCGCCUCUCCUGGCUUUGUUGCCUUGCUAAACCUUUCAGUCUGGGCAGCCCUUCACUUCGUGGCUGCCUCAGUCGCUAGCAGAAUCCGUCAGUGGGUGUUUCUUAAAUGUCUUCCAACAUAAAAGUUGUUUGACACCCAGUCUCCUCCUACUCUCUCUACGCGGAAGUCUUCUGCGCAGGGAGGGCGUGGGUAGCGGAGGACCCGUGCUCUCCCCGCUGGUGUCCGGUGAAGAGUCUGGGAGCCCUCUCGCCGAUUCCCCCAUCUGCCCCCCUUUAUUCCUGGUGUUGCGCUGAUUUGCUUCCCCAUCUGUUGAGCUGCCUCUCUCCCUGCUGGGCCCUUCUCCAGCAUCAUUUGAGAGCCUUCCCUCCGCCUCUAGCUCCGAUGUCAGUUCCCUGACACAACCCAUUUGUCAUAGAUGGUGGGUCACCUUUCGUUAUUAGUUUCCUCCUCAUUCAGAGGAAAACACAUUGUUUUUCAUGUUAAUCAUAAAUAUAAGCACAGUGCAUUUUAUGCACCAUGAAUAUAUGCCUGCAAGGCAUGCAAAUUUGACAAAUUACCUGUAUAGAUAUUUGCAUGCCUUUCAGGGGCGUAAGUUGCUGACAAACUUCUCAUUGGGGUCCAGACUUCAGAAAUGAUCAAGUCAUGACAAAAUACGCCCUCUCCUGGUAAGAAGUGGAAAUGCUUCAAAUUCAGGCAAGGUGAUUUGCUAGAUGUUAGUGGUUUAAAAAUUAUGACUGUGAAAACAAAUCAAUUUAGAGCUUAUAGGACAGGUUUCAAACAUCUAAAUAUAAAUGAAAGACACACAACUCCUGCAGCCCAAUAAUAACAUUGGCAUGAUUGGUUGCAAAGUCACUAGGUUCCUUCAGUCAUGAAAAUACUGAACUCUUUCUGUUCAGGAAAUAGAUUCUGCCGUCUCUAUGAUAUUGAGGCUGCUGUCUUCAAACCACUUACUCCAAAAUAGCUCCACUGACUUCAGUGGAGCCCUCCUGGAUAAGUGCCUGGUUUUUAAGCAUUGUGGCCUGAGUAGCUGAAACCUUUUUAUGUUUAUGAAAGCCUCCAUAAGCGCAGCUUCGUCCAUUCACUUUCACCCCCUUUUUCCUAUUGUUUGCCCUUCCCUGUUUUGUCUCCCCCAUUGUAAAAAAGUAGGUUGCAGUUUCUUAUUUUUGCUAUCCUGAAUGCUCCGUGCACCAUCCUAAUGUACCGUGAUAAUAACCUUCAGAGACAUUAUCAUGUGGAAGUUCUUCCGCUACAAUUGAUAAACGAUGGGCUAACUUUUGAACAUUUGUUUUUGUUUAAAGGGAAUGCCAGCAAUUCGGAAGAAGACCAGAACAUCAGCAGCACAGAGAAUCAGUCUGUCUCCAACACACAGAGACUGUUGGAACCCAAGUCACAUGCUCACCACACCAAAAUAGAUGUCAUUAGGAAAGAGCACGCCAAAAAUACCCAACGCUACAAAUACGAUUCACAAAGCACAGACACACUGAAUUUCUCUUCUGAGUCCAAGCAGGAGACUGAAUAUGUAAGUAAUUUUUAUUUAACAGAAAAAGCAACAUAUAUGUGUUCCGUAAAUAUCACUUUAAAUGGAUGCAGACUCUAGAUAUUGUUAGUUGUGUGAGCUUGUGUUGUUGCCAGAAUUACUAGAACUGAUCCUGACAGCUGCAAGAUUUCUGAAUUAUACAGAACCAUUGCAAUCACAUUUAAUCUGUCAACCAGCAGUCACUUCACAGGCAGGUUAGAGUCCCUGUGCCUCUUUUGAUCAUUGCAUACAGCUCCGAACCAGAGGUGACAUCAGGUUUUGCCUCGAAUGAAAUUUUGAGGCAGAUGUGGAAGCUUCUUGUUUGGGAGAAAUAUCAGAGGGAUUUUGAGAGCAGAAAAGUGAAUUUCAUUGGUUGGUUUCCCAAGGGAGUUUUAAAUAUCCCACAACAAAUAUUCCUGGAGGUUGUUAGUCAUGUGAUGCUGAGGGUCUUCCUCCAUCUCUCUCUCCAGCAGCUGAGGGUUCUGUUGGGAAGCCACGGCUGGUGGAGGAUAUCUCUGCCCAGUAAGCAAAGCUGGUGUAAAUCAUGGCUUGUCUCAUUCCUAACACAAAACAUUAAGGUAAAUGAGGUUUGUGAUUAGCCGAAACAUCUGAGUCAUCCUGAAGGAAGGAAAAGUUUGAGGAAGACAAGUGACAUUUCAAAGCGGAUUCUCCACACCACUCCAUACUUAAGCUGCCUGGCUGGACAAGAUUUUAUGGUGGCAAUGUCCUGUUCCCCUUACAUACACAACAGAUUGGCUAAUAAAUAAAAAUUCCUUGCUUUCUGUCUAUGUCUGCGAGCCUAUAAUCCCAAGCAGCCAGUCAUAGCAAGUGCUGUGAAUGCAGGACUCAGUAUCAACUUUUGGCUGGCUAUCAGAAGUUUUCUUCUGCACACAAAGCAGGGUCUAGCUUUGCUAGUGAUUGCUCUGCCAUGCUGAAAAUGCCUCUGGGUGAAAAAAACCCACACAUGGAGGAUGAAGUGGUCACUGUUUCUUGUUCCUUAUGUGUAGGAUAUGAACAAAGUCUGCAGACCUGCCGGACUGGAGGAAACGGGAGCAGAGAAUACUCUGGUUCAUGUACUGCUCUUGGCAGGCAAGCGGCAGAUCCCCAUGCCAACAGCACACAAAAUGUUGCUGUGUUUUUCUUGGCUGUGCAUCAAAACACUCAUGGCUGAUCCAGACACAACUUUGUGCUGUUGAAAAGGAAAAAAAAUAGGGAGGGACCACUCCAAAAACCUACAUAAAUGGAAAAUGUAGAGAGUCUGAUGAAAGUGAAAAGUGGCCUUGCCUGGUUCAUUUGUCACAAAAUGUAGAAAUGUUCCAGUGGGAGCCCAAGGGUGCCUGGCUUUUCGGAGAGCGCUGCUUCUCUUCCACAAGGAGGAAGGAAACACAAAGGUUUGUGUUCACAGGGUAAUAGACAGGUUGACUUUAUUUCCAUGCUAUCCCCUUCUGACCAAUUCUGAAACUGGGGAACUUCAAAUUCUGACAUUGCAAUAACUCAUAUUUAGAGAUGCUGAUUUAAUUUUGCAAUCUAUUCUGAGUGCAAACGGCACAAAGGCCAUCUUCUGAGCAUUUUUCUUUAAAAUAAAAAGGGAAACAGCAAUAGUGGAAGCAGCAGAAAUACUGUUGACAGUAUGUCAAUGAACAGACCUGGUUUCAUUGAGAGAUGACAGCCAGGAUUUCAAAAACUUGGCCAGUAGGAUAUAGUCCAUCCAGACAGUGGGUGAGAAAAGAGGAAAGUGGUGAUUACAAAAGCAAGAUCUCAUUUGUGAUGGCUGCUUCCCAGUAACAGCUCCUGCUGUCUGCUGUACAGCUCUGCAGUCCAGCUAUGUGACCAGAAGGAAAAGGGCUUGAAGAUUUAGAAACUCCUGUGCCUUACUAUGUGGUUAAAUUCAGAUUAAUUGAGAAAUUGGAAUAUUUAAUUAAUAAAGCAACUAAUUUUGACCAUUUAAAAAUAUUUUUUUCAUGCAUUUUACCUCAGAAACAAGUUACCUGUAAAAAGCUUGUAAUGUGACCUACAGUCAAUGCACCUGAAUUGCUUUAUUUGUAAGGAAUAGAUGAUGUAAAGAAUUUUAAAAACAUUCAAAGUUGGGCCAAUUGCCUCUUGGAGGCUAAUUUGUGAGAAAUGUUAAAAGAAUUGAUUGAUCAGUUGAUUGAUCCGUUAAGCUGCCAAGUGAAAGCCCAAGUGAGAUCUGCUGGAGCACGAACCUCUCAAUGCGCUUUCUGCUGGCAACUGCUUUGCCAUCAUUUCACUACUUCUCCUGAGCAUUAAUGAGAAAAUCUUCAUUGAAAGUUUACUGCACUGUGCUACAAAAUGUACUAACGAAGUAUGUCACAACUUUUUAGCAAUCUUAUUGCUCCACAAUGGAUCUUUUGUGAAUAGGGGCCCUUUCUGACCUCAUCCUAGCAGGGCAGGAACUAGGAUGAUGCUGUAAGUCAGGAUGUAGAACCUGGGAUCCUCCUGAUGUUGUUGGCCUAUGGCUUUGUGAUAGUCGACCUUUUGCUGUGUUGCCUGGGGCUGAUGGCAGUUGGAGUCGGGCAGCCUCUGGAGAGCCAUGAGUUCCCCAUUCCUGGGAAACCGUCCCAUUGGGAACACUUCCUACAAAACUCAGGCAUUUGACAUUAUCUUCUCCGUGGCAUGAGACAACUAGGCUGCUGCAGGUCCCACAUAGCUGAGGGGGUGUCCUGGUCAGAAGGACCCUAAAUAUGCUGCUAAAUAGCCUCAGAUGUGCUUGGAGUUCUGGCAAGCGUGCUGACUCGGGUAGGAGAUGGGGGGCCCCAUCUCCUUGGGGUUGAGACCCCAAGUUCUGUCACUGACCCUGUGUAAGUUGCAGGCUUGCUGUAAUUUUUUGGAAUAUAGCCAGAAGCAUUGGAUUCCUUGGGAGAUGUUCUCUUUGGUCUCCCAGUAUAGCUGUUUAAUUGAUAGUCAUAGCCCAAGCCCUGCCUGCUCACCUUAGCUUAAAAAGGGAUUCUGUCUCAUAAUCUCCUAAAGCUGCUCUGGAGGUUAGAGCUAUCUGCGGGUUGCAAAUAUCAAUGUGGCUCUCCUUGCCACCACUCCCACCACUCCUUGCAGCAUGUUCAGAGGCUUCCAUAAGAGACCAGGGCUUGGCUUGUGCUGCAGGAUGGAGAAAGUGUGAAAAUCCAGGAGUCUCUUCCAGUUUUGCCUCCUUUGUUACCUUUCCCCAACUGCUUCAGGAGUGGCAAGAUACAGGGCUUGGGAGAGAGGCAGAGGGUUUGUGCCUGCCAUUCUUUUUUAUUCAAAUAUGGCUACAAUAAAGGGGGAGGGAGCAGUGAUUUCUUUCAAAGCCAGUGGUCUCCUUUGCCCACAACGUGGUGCCUAGAGCAAAUCUGAGAGCCUCUUUGCUCCUCUUCCAGUCCUUGAGAGCCAGUGUGGUGUAGUGGUUAAGAGCGGUGGACUCGUAAUCUGGUGAACUGGAUUCGCAUCUCCGCUCCUCCACCUGCAGCUUCUGGGUGACCUUGGGCUAGUCACACUUCUGUGAAGUCUCUCAGCCCCACUCACCUCACAGAGUGUUUGUUGUGGGGGAGGAGGGGAAAGGAGAUUGUGAGCCGCUUUGAGACUCUUUAAGGGGAGUGAUAAAGCGGGAUAUCAAGUCCAAACUCCUCCUCCUCUUCUUCUUCUUCCUCUGCGCUGCCCAAAGCGAAGCUGUGGUUUGGUUUGGUUUGGUUUGGUUUGGUUUGGUUUGGUUUGGUUUGGUUUGGUUUAGUGUUGUGUCUGAGUCCAGGGUUGGGCUUUUUCUCCCCUGAACAAGCAGUGAGCUGUUAAUGAAGAACAGACUCACAGCAGCUUGUGGUUUGUUGGGAGUGAGACGACCACAGCCCCGGGUUCCUACAUGACCCUCUGCUCCAUCACGGCUUAGCUCUUGGGAGUGUGGCAGCAACAGGAUGGGAGAGUGAAGCAGCUGAGAUUUUGCCUCCAGGUACCUGUGCACUUGCUUAUCCUCACUAAGCCGUAGUUUGGCCUGCUUCCAUGUAACAGUAUGCCAAAGUGAGAAAGUUUUCACCUGAGCAUGUAUUCCUUGUUCAGAAAAGUCUAUCAACCUGGAUGAAGUUAAAGUUGUAGUUCUGAACCAGAUAGUCUCUUGUUCAGAUCUGUCAGCCUCGAGCUCAUGAGGCAGCCUUAAGCUCAGCACACACAGAGCCCGCCUGCAGGAGAUCUACCUCCCAGGGGAUUUUGCAGGGUUGAUAUAACGAUCAUUGAGACAAUGUAUCUGAAGCCCUAUGCACAUCCAAAGGCACUGGAAAUAAUCAGUGUUUAAUCUGCAUUUUACACAAAUAUUUUUCCUAAAAUGAAGAAGCCCCAAAGAGCAAACAAAGGUGUUUUUGUGCCCCCACUAAAGAAAAAAGAAGAUGCCUUUUGUGUGUUGUUAAACUAGCAUGCGGUGAAACAGCGCUGCAAAAUCCCAGGGCAACUUGAUCUUAAGUUUCAACCAUGAUGUGGUAUUUUGAAUCUUGGCUCAGUGAACUUAAUGGGUGUCAGGGACUGGCUGGGUGGCAGCCGGUGGUCCAGGAGGCACCUGAGGGGAAGGGGACUUUGAGCCAGGGAGGAAUAGAGGGAGGAGGAAGGGGAGAGGCUUGAGGGAGCCACAGACACUGAAAGAGAAGGAGCAGGGGAGGUUUCUCCUGCCUGCAAUACAGUCCUGAUUCAGCUCCUUCUCCUCCCCAUUCUCAGUGCAGGAAAGAAGAGUCAAGAAAAGUUUAGAACAAUUAAGAAAACCGAGUCACAGUGAAAAAGCACGGAGGGAGGUAUAAAUAAGGGGGAAGAGAGGACGGAACUUUAGCUUCUGCAACUGACUUGCUUAGCUGAUGGAUGUGCUGUGUCUCCUUGGUUACUGGGCAAAAAAGUUAAUUACAGUGGUACCUCGGUUUUCAAAUGUAAUCAGUUCUGGAAUACCGUUUGAGUUCUGAAACGUUCAAAAACCGAAAACUCAAUACGGAAGCCGCGUGGCAUGUUUGAUUUCUGAGGCAUGUUCGAAAACCAAAGCAUUUACUUCUGGGUUUAUGGCGUGCGAAAACCGAAAUGUUUGUCAACGGAGACGUUCGAAAACUGAGGUACCACUGUACUGUGAAGCCAUGCCUGUUUCUGCUUACAGACGGAAGGGCUUUUCUGGCAGCCUGGCAAUAGGCAAACACAUAUUACACUGCAAUUAGAAUCAUGCUAAACAUCUUUAAAAUAUUUGCAGUUGUGUAUGAUAAAACAAUAAACACAUGUAAAAUAAAAAAGAAACACCAAAAAGUGAAUAACAGCCCCAAAUUAAAAAAUUGUCCAGUAGCACCCUAGGGACCAACUAAGCUUUUGUGUGCAUUAUGGGAUAGCCACUCGCAGCCUCUCCUGGGCAAGGGGAGCCUUCAUCCCCCUGCCCGGGAGAGGCUGCCCGCGGCUAAGGCUCCCCCAAGAGCCGCACUCCCUUUAAAGAGCGCGGGAAAAAGCCCCACGCUCCAUGCGGCUCUUUAAAGGGAGCGCUGAGCAGAGCCUCCCGCCUGCAUCCGCUCCAUAAGAUGCACACACAUUUCCCCUUACUUUUUAGGAGGGGGAAAGUGCAGCUUAUAGAGUGAAAAAUAUGGUAAUCUUAGGAUCCAAGCAAUUGCCCUAAAUGUGUAGAACAUUUGUUCAGUUUAGGUGUAGUGUGGUGUGGUGCAAUAGGUGAGUGUGGAUCAGGUUUUAAUCAGCUACUCUGAAGGGGGCGGAAGCUGGAUUUAGAUGUCCCCUUCUCCCCACUAAAUGUCUUCACAGUAAAGUGGCAGUUUAUUUGAUCCCUAAACGCAGUUCUCUAUGUGGGUACAGUUAGCUUGGGAGCAUUUUAAAAAAAAAUUAAUACAAGCCUAAUUACAAUCUGCUGUGUAAAAUAGUAGUUAAAGCAGCCAAAUUCUUGAUAGGCAGAUGUGUGAGUCCAGCUGCCUUUAUGCGAAGACAAAGUUGGCUCUCUAAUAUUCUAGAAACCUUCAGCUAAGAUGGAGUGGAACUAGGCUUUAUUUCACCCGGGUCAAAAACCCACAGUGACACCCCUCUGGAGGCUUCACCCAGGGCUAAGGAAAUGUCCUUCCUUAACCCUUUAGUGUUCUUUUGCUAUUUUAGUCAAAAUUUCAUUCUCCAUCUUAAUACAACACUUAAUACCAGUGUUUACCAUAGUGUCAAAUAGAACGCUAAGAGUAUUGGCAUAUAAGGAUUUUCUGAUUUGUAAGAAUAAAUAAGCGAUCAUUAUAAUUGUCAGGGUCCUUGUCGCAGAGAAAUGGAAGACACAUUAAACAACCUAAAGAUUCUGAAUGUCUUAAGCCCGAGAGGAUUGCAUAUUCCGAAUUGUGACAAGAAGGGAUUCUACAAGAAAAAACAGGUGAGUUAAAUUUCUCAGCCAUUUAUGUUUUUCCUUCCUUCAUCUGUUAUAGUCAGUAAUUCCAGUAAAAUAUCACUGAACAACAAAUAAUUAAUCUUCAACCCAUGCCAUUUUUAUCAAAUACAGCAGUUUGGGGCACCUGCUGGCAUGGCUCCAAUGCUUCUUGUCAGAUGCAAUUGAUGUCAAUAACAACAGAUCAAAUUGGAGAAACCUCUGCCAAGCCACAGAUGAGCUUGACGCUGGCCCUAGUUUCCAGUACCUUUCGUUGAAAAAAAGAAGCAGCUCUCUGAAAAAAAAGGGGAUGGACAGCAAAAUGAGCAUAUGGCUGUAAUAGAUCAAUGCUUUGAAUAGUAAUUAGCUGCUUGAGGGUUCCUAGAAAAAUUGAGUUGGGUCAUGUUACAGACAACAACCUGAGCAGCUUUACAUAUGUAUCCUUUACAUGCUGCUGAGGAUUGCUUCCAAAAUCUAGGUCAUGUGAUCAAGAAAGUGAUAUGCACUCAGAACAUUUACUUGUAAGUAAUGCUGGCAUCUCAGGCAGUCUGGAUUUUGGGCACCUGCCUCAUGAGAUUAUGACCUUUCUUGGCAGUUGUAGACCACCAGACCUACCCACACCUUGGUUAGUUCAGACAUAAACAUGCACCACCAAAGAGCCCACCUUGCAGACUUUGUGUCUUGUUUUCUCUUUCAGUUUUGCACUUUUGCCUCUUUUUCUCUGUAUGCAUGCUGACCCUCACUUACUUGAAUUAGGAUAGUGCAGAAUUUUCAUUUAAUCAGAACUGUGUUGCAAUACUUGCAGGUGCCUUUUGUCCCAUAUUAACAUACCUAUUUGUUAAGAUCCGCCUGAGAGGCUCUAUUGACUUCUGCAGAUUGAAGUGCUUGAGUGACUGCACACAGAGUAAAGCUACCCUUCAUUUAUCCUGGCACCAAACUAUUGAGGGUUUUACAGUGGUACCUUGGUUUAAGAACUUAAUUCGUUCUGGAGGUCCGUUCUUAACCUGAAACGGUUCUUAACCUGAAGCACCACUUUUGCUAAUGGGGCCUCCUGCGCCGCUGCUGCACAAUUUCUGUUCUCAUCCUGAAGCAAAGUUCUUAAUCCGAGGUACUAUUUCUGGGUUAGCGGAGUCUGUAACCUGAAGCGUCUGUAAUCUGAAGCGUAUGUAACCCGAGGUACCACUGUACCUUGAAUUUGACCCAGUAACAAACUGAAGCUAUUGAGGAUCUUUGAGGAGGAGUGUAAUAUACUGAAUUUUACUUCUGUCGGCAAUCACAGAAUCAUUAAAUCCGCAUUGGGGGUCAUCCAGUCCAACCCCCUGCAAUGUAUGAAUCUCAGCUAAAACAUCCAUGACAGGUGGCCAUCAAACCUCUGCUUACAAACAUCCAAGGAAGGAGAGUCUACCACCUCUCAUGGGAGUUUGUUCCACUGCCAAACAGCUCUUACUGUCAGAAAGUUUUCCCAAAUGUUUAGUAGAAAUCUCUUUUCUUGUAAAUUGCAUCCUACUAUCCAGAGCAGGAGAAAACAAGCAUGCUCCCUCUUCCAUGUGAUAGCCCUUAAGAUAUUUGAAAAUGGCUAUACUAUCUCCUCUCAGUCUCCUCUUCCAGGCUAAACAUACCCAACUCCCUUAACCAUUCCUCAUAAGACUUAGUUUCUAGACCCUUGAUCAUCUUGGUCACCCUUCCUUUGCACAUGUUCCAGCUUGCCAAUAACCUUCUUAAAUAGUGGUGCCCAGAACUGGACACAGUAUUCCAGGUGUGGUCUGAUCAAGGCAGAAUAUAGCAGGACUGUGAUUUCCCUCAAUCUGGAUACAAGACUUCUGUUGCUGUAGCCUAGUUGUCCCCAAUCUUAUAUCUGUGCAACUGGUUAUUCCUUCCUAAGUGUAGAACCUUAAAUUUAUCCCUAUUAAAAUUCAUUUUGUUCAAUCUGUUAAAGUAUCUUCAAUCUCAAUUCUGUUUUCUGUGGCAUUAGCUACCCCUCCCAGUUUGGUGUCGUUUGCAAAUUGGAUGAGCACCUUCUCAAUUUCUUCAUCCAAGUCAUUUAUAAAGAUGUUGAGCAGCUAUGGACAUAACCCUUCAGCACUCCACUUGUCACUUUUUUCCAGGAUGGUGAGGAAACAUUAGUAAGCACUCUUUGGGUUUGGUCUGCCAGCCAGCUGCAAAUCCACCUAAUGGUUAUCUCUUCCAGCUCACGUUACCAACUUCUCUGAAAGUGCAUCAUGGGGAACUUUGUCAAAAGCCUUACUGAAAUAAAAUACACUACAUCCACUGCCUGCUCCUGAUCCAUCAAGCUUGUAAAUCCUUCAAAAAAAGAAAAGAGGUUCACGUGGCUUGAUUUAUUUUUGAGAAACCCAUGCUGGGUCUUGGUAAUCACAGCAUCCUUUUGUAGGCGCUUUCGUUUAAUAAUCUGCCCUUUUCUGGUAUUGAUAUCAAGCUGACCAGUCUAGGUCUCCCCCCCCCCCCCGGAUUUGGAGAUGGAGACAACAUUUGCCCACCUUCAUUCCACAGGGACCUCACCUGUUCUCCAAGAAUUCUCAAAUAUUAGACAGAAGCUCUGAGAUUAUAUCCACAAGCUCCUUUAGUACCCUUUAAAUAUUGGAACAGCUGAAGUCUGUCAUGACUAAUAUAUCUCUCCUAUUUGAAUGUUUGAUGAUCUGAUCUAGGAAGACAUCGUCCAAGUUUUCAGUCUGGCUUCAAGGUCUAUGGCAGGCACACACAGUAAGGUCACUGUUGUUUCCCUUUCCUAUAGUUUUUUACCCAGAUACUCUCAAUCUGUCUUCCAUGCUCCAAGUCAUAGAUCUCUUCACAAGUUGUAUACAUCAUUUGUAUAUAAUGCUACUCCUUCCUUCCUGUUUGGUAAAUCCUUUUUGAAUAGGUUAAACCACUCAAUUUCUACAUUCCAGUCAUGACUCUCAUACCAGAUUUCAGUAAUGCCUAUUAGGUCAUAUUCAUCAUCCUGUAUUAAGAGCUCAAAUUUGUCCUGCUUGUUUCCUUUACACUGUGCAUUAGUAUAGAAAUAACUGAAAGCACAAGUUAUUCCCUCCAACUGCUAGCUUCUUGUGGUUUUCUGCAGGUUUCUGUAGGAUGAUCUCAGUUUCCUGUGCAUCAGUGAAACCAUUAUCCCCAGUACCAGGUGUUCCCCUGUUGUCGUGCUGCAGCAUUCUGGACCAAGCUGAAGGGUUGCAGUAAUUCAGUCUUGAAGUUACCAAUGCUUGGACCAUUGUGGUCAAGCUAUUCUUCUCCAGCAGACUAGUUCUUUCCCCUAAAAAAUAAUGUCAAAAAUUAGGGGGCGUCUUAUACAUGGGGCCAUCUCCCCCCAUUUUCUUAAAUCUGAGUCCCCCAAAAUAGGGGGCAUCUUAUAGAUGGAAAAAUAUGGUACUUUGUGAUGUGUGACACAGUGAUGCCCCAAAUCCCUAACCUGUUUUCAGUGUCAAGGUCAGUUUUGAAACGUGUCAGGCAACCAUUAGAGAAUGAGAAUUUUAUAUCAUGCUUUCCAAGUUAGGAGACAUGGCUUCAUGACAGGUGUUUCCUAAUACCUCCUGUUUUUAGAAAUGUAAGUGCUUAAAGCUGAUAUUGCACGAGGCUUCCUUGCUAUUUUGCAUGACGCAUUGCAUUUUAAAAGAUAGUUUUGCCACAUGAACCGCCGUCUUUCCCAUGAAUGGUUUCCCAGGCCACACCUCCUGCUUCCAGUUGCCAUUUUGCAGCAAUGAUGCAAAUGUGCGAUGUCUGCUGUGCUUUCAUUAGAAAAUAGUAUUAGUAAAGCAUUCUCUGUAUGUUUUAGUUGGCCUUUUAUGUGGUUUGGGAGUUGGAAAUGAAGAAAGUCAACAUCAAGCGACCAGCCAACCUGCUGUACCUUCCAAAGAGUACACAGACUUCUAUGUUAAAGAACUGCUUCCCCAUAUGUUGCUCAUAUGGCUCUGUAUUGACUUUCUCUCUGUGUGUGACAUCUUUAAAGGCAGUUUCAAUCGCCUAAGGCAUAAAUGCAUUUGUGGGGCCUUGAUUUCACUUUUCUUCAUUGUCCAAGUAGAAGGAGUUCAACACUUGCUUUAUAUUUACCCCUACAGCUUAUCUUGAACAGCUGAGGAUUUUCCUCCAUUUAUAUUUGGGGCUGUAGUUCAGGUUUCAAGUACUUAAUCUAGAUCUUGUUCCUUUUACAGUAACCAUGUUCUCCCCUAGCUCUGCUAUCUUCUUACAGUAGACCAAUAUUAGGGCCAGAAACGGAUUCUAAUAACUGCUGACUUUUAGAUUUUCUGAGAAAGCAGUCUUUAUUACCAGGCACAAUCUGCCUUAAUCACUCUGGGGAGAGAAGUCUGGGCUUCCACUUAAAACAUCUUAAUCUCCCCCCUCCCUUUUUUUUGUUUCACGUCCAUCCUGAAGAAGAGUUUUCUUUAAAUUAAAAGUGUUUGUGCUACUUUGUGAAUUUUUGUUGGUCCUUGUAAAAAUUUUGUUGUUGCUGUUUAGUCGUUUAGUCAUGUCCGACUCUUUGUGACCCCAUGGACCAGAUGUAAGAAAUUAGAACCAUAUUUUCAGAUAGUUCACAUUGUCUUCUAAUUCUUUACAAUGGUCAUGAUAUCAUUUUGCAGGGUCUUCUUUCUGGCUUUUAGCAAUUUGGAAUUGUGCAUUUAGCUUCUUUUUAUCCAGAAAUGAAGAAGCAGGGAUGGGAUUCCUGCUAGAUAGGCAAGGGGCUCGCUCUCUUCGGGGCAGAGGGGACUGGAGAGGUUGGCAAGGAGCUUUCGAAGCCACAUGCAAGUGAACUUGAAGAUGCUCCAGAUUCUUUGCCAAGGGAUGGGAGGUGGGGGCUUACCAAGCAAACAGGGGCCCUUUUCUGCAGUGGUAACUGAUGCUGCGGAAGAGCUUCCACAGCUCACAAGCAGAGACCUUUUUAGUUGCAUUUUAAACUAACAUUUGACUGUUAUAAUUUUAAUCUGGGCUGUAAACUAUGCAGUUUAUGUGGUUGCUAGGAAAUUUUUGUUUAAAAAAUAGUUUUUAAAUUUUUAUACAUUAUAUUUUUAAUAUUGCUUUGGUCUUGUUUGUAAGCCACCCAAGAAAUAUUUCUGGAUUGGUGGCCAGAUACAACAACUUAACACUAUGCAGGCAUGCAGUUACCUGUUGAUGGUAAAGCUCAUGGGCUACGAGCUGUGUCCAUAUGCGGUAGGAGCCCCAGGUGCCCAGGUGCUGACUGACUGACUGACACCCAGAGGGUGACACCCAUCCACCUCCCCUCGUCCCCUUAAAGCAUGGGCAGGAGACUGGAAAGCAAGGCAGAAAAUGGAGAUCAGGGUGACAAUUGUUGCAUUGCAAAACAUAUUUUUCCAGGGAAAGUCCUUUCAAAAAGAGGCAGAUACACUCUUUACAGUGCAAUCCUAUGCAUGUUUCUUUUAAGAAACAGUAAGUUCAUCUGCGUCUACUCAGAAGUGAGUUCAGUGUGUUUAAAGUGCAUAUAUAUUCCUGGCCUCUAUGCUGUCUACACUUCUCACCCUCUAAAAUACAACCUCCUAAAAGAUAACAGCAUUAUUAACAAUCUUUUUGCCCACUGCCACAACCAAGGCAUAAUAAAUUAAGAAAAGUUGAUCAAAUUAAUCAACAGUAAGCAUAGCUUUUGCCACUUUGGGCUGUUGCCUGAUUUAUUACCAAGAACAAUAACUGAGUACAUGUUCCUGGAAAUUGGUGCUCGCUGUCUCUCACAGCUAUCGUUUGCAGUAACUUCAGACGCAGGCUCCAUGCAGCAGCAGCUGAUGCCUCGCUCCUUAUUAGUUUGAACCUUGGAUUUAUUUCAUGGGGGUGGGCAUUGAAAUUCCAGCAGCUGUGCUGCUCCAGGAGGACUGUUUGCACUCCAGCACUAUGAAUAUGUUCGGAUGUCCCCUUGGGGCUCUGUCCUGUCAGACACAGAGCAUUUUAAUAUUUUUUUUGCACAGUCCUCUCCACUGCCAGCUUGGCCACCCCUCCCCCCCAAUUUCAGUUCAUAAUUCCUCUGGAGCAAGCGUUGUACUGUGUGUUGCUUCAUGUCAGGGGGGAGUGUACAUCUGUAGCUCUGCCAAAGUCAGGGGUAGAAAAACAUUUCAAAAGGUGAGCUGUGGGAGAAAAGCGGCAGGUAGGAAAAUGAUGCAGCAUGUAAAGCAAACCAGCUUAGAAGGCUUUGUUCUCGCUCAACCUGUUCCUGGGAUGUCCCACUUCAGACUGCAAGUAGGGAUUUGUAUGCUUACAUUCCUUCAUCUCCCGCCAACACUUCACAUGACAAAAACUGUCAGGUAAAGGGCAAAGGUAGAACCCUUCUCCCUGACAUGCUAGUUUCCUGUGUGCAGGAAGUUGAAUUAUAUUGUUACAGGCUUGGGGGUCCCUUCCAGACCAGGGAGCCUGUGAAUGUAGGAUUGUGAGAAUCUGUGUGAGGGGAACAUGCUGAACCAGUUGGCUGGCUUCUUUAUAAGGCAUUGACUGGCCUUGCUUGGCCCCUUCAGUGUUCUCAUCAGCAUCUCCCAGAGUGAGCCGUGUGGCCGUCGUGGCAACGAAGGGAUGCUGCUCUCCCAGAAGGAGGUAGGCAUUUCCUCACCGGCCCACCCUUCACCUGGCUAGAUGCCGGGUCCCUCUGGGAUGGGGAGCAAUGAGCCAAGGAGUUUUGGUUAAUGCUGGAAGUCAAAGACCAAGGGACAUGACUUGCUCUGUGCUGGACACAAAGCUGAAUUGGGGGCUUCCCUAGAAAUCUAAUGGAGAAGCAAGACCCACUGAAGUGCUAAAAAGGUGCAAAGAAAACCACAUACCCUAAAGACACCACUGGCUCCGCUGAGCUACGUUCCAAGGGAACAACCCCCUGGAGUCGGUCGCCACUUGAGCUUGGAGUGUGAGCAGCAGGACACUGGCCUUCAGGGCAGCCACACAGCAGUCAGAGGUUUCUAUAGGCACAUCUCCCAGGCGAGCAAGAGGCACCGUUGCAGUUUGAGGAGACUCUGAAAGAGAGGAGAUUCCGACUAAACAUCAGGAAGAACUUUCUGAGAGGAAGAGCUGUUUUGCAGUGGAAAGGUCUCCCUUGGGAGGUUGCAAACUCUCCUUCCUUGGAGGUUUUUAAGCAGAGGUUGGAUGGCCAUCUGUCAUGGAUGCCUUAGUGGAGAUUCUUGCAUUGCAGGGGUCCCUUCCAGCUCUACAGUUUUGUGAUUCUUUGUUGGUGAAUCUGCCGAAAAUUUAAGCAUUCAAGCAAUGAAUACUUGUUAAUCUUGCUUGCUUUAGACACUCUCUGCCCUAACCCUCUGCCCUAGCUACUCAUUCUCUGGUGGCAGAAAAACAGGCUCUCUAGUUUGCUCUUCGAGAUCACAUAGUUUCCUUUCUGCUGUGUUGCCCUAUGAGAUGCACAUCCACAGCAACAUAAUAUUGUGAUUAUAUGUAGGUGGCUGGAAGAUUGCAGAAAGCCUUUUGAGCUGAUGUACGCAAGUGGUUUCUUCUGUGCUCUGUCCCAGUGGCGUAGCGUGGGUUGUCAGCACCCGAGGCAAGGCAAGUAAUUUGCGCCCCCUAACCCAUGGAUUUUAGUAGGGGCAGAGAGCUGCGAGUGCGAGCGCGCCCCCCCAGACGUUGCGCCCGGUGCGGCCGGCCCCCCCUGCACCCCCCACGCUACGCCACUGCUCUGUCCCACCCUGACAAUGUCCCUGUCCUUAUUUUGGUGCCAUGUAGUGGCUUUGCAUGCCAGUGAUCCACUAUGGUCCAUUAGGAUAUCAGUUGCUCCCACACACCCCUCACAAAACACUCACAAAUGACAAGAGUUAUUGAAGAAGUUGUAUUUAAACCCACUUGAUCCAAAAUUCACCUAUGUAGCAAAGGGACAAAUGAAGAAAAAUGGUGACAUCUUCUCCCCACCGGCACUCAGCCAAUUGUUAACUCUGCCACAGGUUUUCCUCUUGUUCUGGGGCAGGGCUCCAUUUCAGCACAUAGGAUUGUUGCAUGCACAGAGUGCCAGCCGGCCAACCCCUUGAGGAUCUCUCUGUAGGACAGCCAGCAUUGUGCUAUUCUAGCAUGUGGCAUGAUGUUUGCUUUUCCUGCCUGAAGGUUUAAGAGAAUACCCCCUUUAUUUUUCUGCUAGAAUAAAGCUGUGUUAGUUCAUAUACUGUAAUGAUAUAAACAUGGAUAAAGCAAACAUUUGGGAGGCAGAGGAGUCUGCCCAGCACAAUGUGCAGCUUUUUGAUGAACACAAACCUUGGAAGGUUGUGGGUAAUGCUGGCUCCAUGACAGGAGGCUGCAGCCAGAGAAGGGAAAGAGGGACCCGCUGUUCCCAAACUGUCCUCGCUGAGGGAUUGUAGACUUAGCAGAAAGUAGGGGUUAAAUAGCCCAAAGAGCUCAGCAUGCAAAUAAACCUCUUGUUUUGUGAGUAUCUUCAGGACUUCUUGCAGUUGUCAUAGUUCAUGUGGAUGAUGCUUGAGUCUUGCCUCACAACUGGGGGGGGGGGCAGGGCAGCAGUCCCUGCAGGGAAGCUGGUCUCAUUUGUGAAAUGCAUCACUAAUUUGGGACACCAGCAUAUUUUUAAAAGCAUUAGUUAGUUUGGUCUCCUUGUCAUUCAGUUGCUAGGAGACACCCAGGGACUUUCCUCACUAUGCUCCAUCUGUGGCCUCAUUGGAUUUCUGCGUGGACCUUUUCCUUCCCUUUUUUUAAAAAAAGUACAUGUAGUCACUUGGCUUAAAGUGCACUGCUGGUAAGACCCCAACACUUGCUUUGCCUAGAGGUAUCUCUACAGAUAAAUUAGGCUGUGCAAAUUUGUGUCACGAACCUCCAUCCCGAGUCCUUUAAGCACCUAGCGGGGCCCCUGAGCAAGAGGCGGCCUACCUCCUUGCUUCUUCCCAGGCACCGUAAUACAACUGGCGAAAUGUUUGGUUUACCUACCCCUUGACUGCCAGCGCUGAAAGUGUGACUGACAUCUGUGAGGAAGAAAGGGAGGCUCUGAGCAGACACUCGGCUUCAGAUUCCUGUGCACCUGUAGAGGGCCAAUAGGAGACAUGCAAAAACUGGAACAUCUCAUCUGGCUCUCAACGACCAUCAUGGUGGGCUUGGCGGAAGCCAUAGUCCUUGGUGAUGGAUAGGUUUUCUUUUUCUUAAGAUAAUCCUUCUUUGCGAACACCUUUUUGUUUUCUUCAUUUUUAUUUCUUUAAUUUUUUAAAAAAAUUCUGCUUUAUUGCUCACAAUUGUAUCUUUACACCAUAACUUUACAUCUGUUUCCAAAGUAUAUUUAUAUUCAUUAUUAUCAUCAAUGGCUAACACCCCAGAGGACAGGAUCACACUUCAAAACGACCUUGACAGAUUAGAGAACUGGGCCAAAACAAACAAGAUGAAUUUUAACAGGGAGAAAUGUAAAGUAUUGCACUUGGGCAAAAAAAUGAGAGGCACAAAUACAAGAUGGGGGACACCUGGCUUGAGAGCAGUACAUGUGAAAAGGAUCUAGGAGUUUUGGUUGACCACAAACUUGACAUGAGCCAACAGUGUGACGCGGCAGCUAAAAAAGCCAAUGCAAUUCUGGGCUGCAUCAAUAGGAGUAUAGCAUCUAGAUCAAGGGAAGUAAUAGUGCCACUGUAUUCUGCUCUGGUCAGACCUCACCUGGAGUACUGUGUCCAGUUCUGGGCACCACAGUUCAAGAAGUACACUGACCAACUGGAACGUGUCCAGAGGAGGGCAACCAAAAUGGUCAAAGGCCUGGAAACGAUGCCUUAUGAGGAACGGCUAAGGGAGCUGGGCAUGUUUAGCCUGGAGAAGAGGAGGUUAAGGGGUGAUAUGAUAGCCAUGUUCAAAUAUAUAAAAGGAUGUCACAUAGAGGAGGGAGAAAGGUUGUUUUCUGCUGCUCCAGAGAAGCGGACACGGAGCAAUGGAUCCAAACUACAAGAAAGAAGAUUCCACCUAAACAUUAGGAAGAACUUCCUGACAGUAAGAGCUGUUUGACAGUGGAAUUUGCUGCCAAGGAGUGUGGUGGAGUCUCCUUCUUUGGAGGUCUUUAAGCAGAGGCUUGACAACCAUAUGUCAGGAGUGCUCUGAUGGUGUUUCUUGCUUGGCAGGGGGUUGGACUCGAUGGCCCUUGUGGUCUCUUCCAACUCUAUGAUUCUAUGAUUCUAUGGUUCUAACCCUAAAUCAUCAAAUGUUACAUACACACACAUAAAAAGAAGGAAAGAUGCAAUUUUUAAAAUCAUAUUAUUCAUAAAUAAAUGACUUCCCGUCCCUUUCCAUUUUGUGCUAGUAAACUUAUUGCCUAUAUUUAUCUAUUUUCUUAUUAUUUAAGAUAUUGCAGUUUCUAUGUGUUUUCCUUUUGAUAUUUAUUAUCUACAGAAAUUACUCAAAGGCCGCUACCGUUUUCAGAUUGGAGCAACUACUUUUUAAAUAUUCCUUAAAACAUUUCCAAUUUGAAACAAACUCCUGCUUGGAUUUAUAUUUAAUUCUUUCUGAUAAAUAAUCUAACUUCACAUAUUCUGUCAGUUUCAAUGUCCAAUCAAAUCUGGUGGGCAUGUAUCCACUUUUCCAAGGUGUAGAUAUUAUAACCCUCGCAGCCGUGGCAGCAUACAAAAAGAUUUUCCUUUUUCUAACUUAUACUUUAAUCAACUGUGGUUUUUUUGUUUUUUGUUUUUUAUAUAUAUAUUUUUACUGUAUUUAUAUUCAGUGUUAGCUGCCCUGAGCCUGGGCUGGGCUGGGGAGGGCGGAGUAUUAAUAAUAAUAAUAAUAAUAAUAAUAAUAAUAAUAAUAAUAGUAAUAAUAAUAAUAAUAUCUGUCAAGGCUGCCUCAGGUCUCAGCUCACAAAAGACCAACGCCAAUCUCUUCUUACAUACAAAAGUGUUUAUUGCAGUUCAUUGUUUGCUUCAUAUCCGAGGCGCGCAGCCCCACGUCUGUACGCUUAGACCGUUGAAGUCCCCUCUGAGUCAGUCCCUCCCCUGCACCAGUUUAAGAGCCUUGCGCUGUUCCACCUCUUUCUCUCUUUCCUUUUCCUCAGGGUCUUCCUGCCCGCUGGGGUUUCGCCCCUCCUGGAUUCCCCUGACGCGCUAUCCCCCGACUGCUCUUCCCCCCUCCUGCGGGCUUUAGGACCUGGCCCUUCCUCCGGGCUCCCUGUACUUCCGCGCGCCUCUACAUUUGAACUUGGCGCGCGCGCCCAACCUCUAACUUUCCUUUUGACAGUUACACUACUCCCUUCACUACUCCCCUCCCCUUCCGGGAGGGUGGCUUGCUCCGACCUCUGCUGCCGGAGCUGCUUCCCCUGAUACACUGGAACCUCCACCCCCUUCACUGCACUCUGGCGGGGAGGCUGGUCCUGACGCCCAGCUGCCACUUUGGGAUCCCUCGCUGGCCCCCUGUUCCUGACACGUCCCCCCUGGGGCUCCCCUGGCCUUGACCACUGGCGCCCCCUUCUGGGAAUCCUCUGAUUCGCUGGAAAGACUCAUGGAAUCUCUUGAGUCAUUGUCAUCCUCUUCCUCGCUGUCCUGGGAUUCAUCCCCAUCGCUCUCCAUCUCCUGCCUACCCUGUGCCUCUGUCCCUGAACCCCUGACAUCCAUCCCCCCCUCGAAGCCCCCCCUCCCCCCCCCCGGCUGCUCGGGCGCAGGUUCCGGGAGCUCCGUUGUAGCGGGGGUAGAUGCUGGAUACAGUUCGUCAACGUCGAUCUCCUCUGCUUCCAGUUCAGUGUAGGAGUGCUCGAAACCGGGGUCCUCCCCCAACACAUCCAAACCCUUCCCUCCCCGUUACUUCAGGCGAUGCUGCUUGCCAAGGCCCCCUUCGCCACCCCACUUCUGGUUGAUCGUCCCACCAAUAAGAGCGGUCCGUGUCCACCCCCGAGCACGAUCCCCUUGGAGGGCUCGAUUCCGGCGUGGUCUCCUCUGUGGAGGAGAACCCCCGGAAGGUGCUGCCUGAAAGUGUGGGCGUAAAAAGCCAGUCGUCAAAAUACUCCGCUGGCAUGGGCCUGUGUGGGAAGAGUGCAUGGAACUCGUCUUUAAGAAGAGGUUCCUCCAGAGCAUAAUCUGGCACCCAACUGUUGGCGCUGGCCGGGGUACCUUCCCUGGCGAGGAGGUAUUCCACUCCCUCCUCCCCCCAUCUCGAGUCCAGAAUUUCCGUGACCUCGUUGAGUGUCGGGAUCCUCGGUGACUUCCCCCCCCCCCGGUGACUUUCUACGUGGGUCUGGUGCCGUCCCUGGCUCCUGAAAUCUGUGUGGGGCCUUGUAGGGUGUAAGCACCGACCUAUGAAAGACCGGGUGCAUUCUGGAACCUUCUGGGAGGGUCAACCGAAAAGCUACGGGAUUGAUCCUGCCCUCAACUUGGUAUGGCCCUAGCUGUUUGUGUCCUAGCUUCUUCUUAGCUAACGACUUGGCCGGCACCGCCUGGGCUGCUAACCAUACCCAGUCCCCCACCUGGAUGUCUUCUCCUGCCCUCCUGUGCCUGUCUGCCUGCACUUUGUAGGCGUGUUUAGCUAGUUCCAAGUGCCGUCGUAGCUCCUCGUGGACCUCCUGCAAUUCUGCUGCUAAAUGCUCAGCUCCCUGUGACUCCUCCUGCGUCGUUGUCUCCAACGCCGGGAAGGUUCUGGGAUGUCGCCCAUUGUUGGCGAAGAACGGUGUCACCCCCGUUGACGCGUGCUUCGUGUUGUUGUAGGCAAACUCGGCCAUCGGUAAGUAGUCCACCCAAGUUGCAGGCUUUUGAUUGGCGUAACAUCGCAGGUACUGCUGCAUGAUGGCGUUGACCCUCUCCGCUUGGCCGUUGGUUUGCGGGUGUCUCGCCGACGCUAAGUUGAUCUUGACAUUCAGGAUGCCCAGGAGCUUCUGCCAGAAACUGGAAAUGAAUUGGCGACCCCGGUCGGACAGGAUGGACCGCGGUAAGCCGUGCACCCGGAACACGUGGUCUAUGAACAGCUUGGCGGUCUGUUCCGCUGUUGCCACCUUCGCGCAAGGAAUGAAGUGCGCCAUCUUGGUGAACAGAUCUACAACCACAAGCACCGCCGUCUUGCCCCGCGAACUGGGCAGAUCAGUAACAAAGUCCAGCGCCACCCUAUCCCACGGCUGUAGUGGCGUCUCCAGCGGUUCCAGCAAUCCCGCUGGCUUCUUGUGCACUGGCUUGGACCUCUGACAAGUGUCACACCUGGCGACGUAAUCCGCGACCUCUCCCCGCAUCUGGGGCCACCAAAAGUCUCUGGCUACUAAGUCCGCCGUCUUUUCUUUGCCGAAGUGACCCGCGCUGGGUGCGUCGUGUAACUGCUGUAGAACCUUCGCGCGGAGAUCGUCUCCCGGCACGUAGAGAGCACCUUUGCGGGUCAGCAGGCCGUCGCGUAUCUGGAAUUCGCCGUCCUUUGCUGUCCCUCUUCGCACCUCCUCCAUCUUGGAUUGUGCGAACGGAUCCGUCUGUAGCGCGCGUCGUACCGCGUCCAGGUCCACGGCGGCGGAGCACAUGCCCACGCUUGCGGUGCGAAAAUGUGCCUGGCUGCCACUGGUGCCGCUUCCUCGAGAUACUGCGGUUUCCUGGAGAGCGCAUCCGCUAUGACGUUGUUGUCUCCCGGGAUAUACUCUAUCCUGAAAUCGAAAUCCGCAAAGAACUCCGCCCAUCUUAUGUGCCUCUGGCUCUGGAGCUUCGCCGUGCGCCAAUACUCUAGGUUCUUGUGGUCCGUGCGGACCUGCACGGUGUGCUUGGCUCCGAUGAGGAAGUGCCGCCACGCCUUGAAAGCCGCGUGGAUGGCCACCAACUCCCUGUCCCAGAUGGUGUAGUUCUGUUCCGACUUGCUGAGCUUCCGGGAAUAGAAAGCGCAGGGCCUCCAGUUCCCUUGCGGAUCUUCCUGCAAGAGGACGGCCCCAAUGCUCUGUCAGAUGCGUCAGUCUCAACCCGCAUGGGCCUGCCGGGAUUCACGUGUAGCAGCUGUUCUUCGGACGCGAAGAGGCUUUUAAGUCUCCUGAAGGACUGCUCCGCCUGGUCCGUCCAGGUGAACUUUUUCUUCUUGGAACUGAGGGUGUCCGUGAUAGCUGCCGUCUCUUUCGCGAAACCCCUGAUGAACUUGCGGUAAAAGUUGGCGAAGCCGACGAACCUCUGGACCUCCUUCCGAUUGCGCGGGCUAUUCCAGUCCAACACCGCGCGGACUUUGGCGCUGUCCAUGGCUAGUCCCUUGUCGGACAGCCGGUAGCCCAGGAAAUCCACCUCCGUCACGUCGAACUGGCACUUCUCCAGUUUGGCGUAGAGUCUGUGCUCCCGUAGCCUCUGCAGGACCUCCUUUACGUCUCUCUCGUGAGUCUCCUGCGAUUCUGAGAAGAUCAGAAUGUCGUCGAGGAAGCAUACGCACUUCUUGUAGAGGAGUCCUGCUAGCACGUGGUGCAUGAAUGCUUGGAAACAGUGGGAGCCAUUUUGGAGACCAAACGGCAUAACUCUGUAUUCAUAGGUGCCCAGCGGCGUGAACAUGGCCGUCUUCCACUCGUCACCUUCCCUCAUGCGUAUUAGAUUGUAUGCUCCGCGUAGAUCCAACUUGGUGAAGAUCCUCCCCUUCCUCACCGUCGCGAGCAGGUCGUCAAUCUUGGGCAUGGGGAAGGCCUUGGGCUUUGUCAUCGAGUUUAUGGCCCUAUAGUCCACAAUGAGCCGUUUUUGGGGCGUGUCCUUCUUCUUCACGAAAAACACAGGACUGCCCCCCACUGCCUUGGAUUCUCGGAUGAAUCCCCGCUUCAAAUUGUGAUCUAUGAACUCCCUGAGUUCCUGCAUCUCAUCUUCAGACAUGGAAUACAGCUUCGCAGUCGGCAGCGUCGCCCCUGGUAGGAGGUCAAUUGCACAGUCGUAGGGCCUGUGGGGUGGUAAUUGGUCAGCUUCCUUUUCGCAGAAGACCUCCAAAAACCCCUUGUACUUGUGGGGCACCGCCUGCACCAUGCCGAGAUGCAACUGCUGCCCCUCCUCCUGGCCCUCCUCCUCCUGGCCGGUCUGGAUGCAAUGUUGUGCGCAGUAGGACGAGCCAAAGGUGAGCUGCCGCUGGUACCACGCUAAUGAUGGGCUGUGUCUAUCCAGCCAACUCAUGCCUAACACUAUAGGCGUGUCUGACAGGCGGGUGACGUUGAAACUGAUGACCUCGCGAUGAUUCCCGAUCUGCAGCACCAUGGGUGGCGACUGCUGUACCACUUGCCCGCCCAGCAACUUCCUGCCAUCUACGGUGACGACGUUCAGAGGCAGCGUGGCUGGUAGAAGCGCUAUGCGAUGCUGCUUGAUGAACUGCUUCCCCACGAAGUCUGCGUUGCUCCCUGAGUCAAUUGUAAUGGGGACUUCCAGGGUGAGUCCAUUAGGUAGCUGGAGAGUAGCAGUGAGCUGUACCACUGGCUUGGGUGGUAAGGGAUCUGUAGGCUGCAAAAGCGCUGGGGACUGCUUUACUGACUCGCCUGGCUGUGCCCCAGCAUUCCUGCUUCCAGCCAGGCAUUGCCGUUUCCCUGAAACUGCUCUCCCUGUAGCGCUGCUUCUGUUACUGUUGCUAAGGCUGCAGUGUGCUUCUGGAGCCUCUGGGGACACUCUUUAGCCAUGUGCUGUGCACUGUCACAGAUGUAACACUUCCUGGUCCCUCUAGGAGGCUUCGCCUUGACUGCUCCGGACGCUGAGGCUCCGGCAGCUGUCUGAGCCUUUGCACCACCCAGCUCCAUUGGUUCCUCCCCCGCCCUCAGCAUAGGCGAGGGAUUUGUACGUCCCAGGUCCCUGGGAAGAAAAGGAGGCGCUCUAGCUGGUGUGCGGACGUGACGCCCCUCCUCACUGUGCCAAGGGCGUUCUUCGUGGCGCACCCCUAUCGUGAGUGCCCUCUGCACGACGUCUGCUAGGGUUUGAGGUCUGUCCCCCCUGGCCAGCUCAUCUUUUACGGAGCCAUGAAGCCCCUCCCAGAACAAGUCUCUCACUGCCAGGAGUCCUUUUCCCAGCCCAGCACAUUCAGCAAUGCAAAAAGCGAGAAUGGUACUGACGCACUGUAGCCUUGCCCUGCCGCAAUCCAUGCAUCUCCUGGCGCGCCACAUCAACGUCAACGGUAGAUUGGAAGCAAGCGUCCAUGGCUUUGAUAAAUUCGUCAGAGUCCCUGCGGGCAAGACCAUCUUCGCGCCACAAAUUGCGUAACCAGGUUCUAGCUUCCCCAUGCAAAUGGGACACAAUAAAGCCUACUUUCUCCUCCUCAUCUUUGAAGUCUUUUCGAAGCAAAUGCAGCGCGUAUACGACGUCUGCUCUGAAAUUGGGAUAAUGCUUCAGGUUCCCAUCGAAGUGGGCUACUAAAUUGCCCCCCCUCCGUCCGAGUCCGAUUCCCUCUGAUCUGGACCCCGGGAACCCCUCUUUGCACGCAUGAUCCCACCUGGCUUGCAGAUCCUGGCAUCGCGCUUCUGCUUCGGCAACUGUCUUCUGAGAGACCACUACCGCAGUGGAGAGCUCGGCGACUGCGUUUUGCAGGGACGCUAUCUGCUCCUCAGUAGUCAUGUCUGCCAAACUUCGUGAGCUUUGCAAAAAAAAAAUUUUGCGGUUUCUGUGGAGAGGGGACUUACUGUCAAGGCUGCCUCAGGUCUCAGCUCACAAAAGACCAACGCCAAUCUCUUCUUACAUACAAAAGUGUUUAUUGCAGUUCAUUGUUUGCUUCAUAUCCGAGGCGCGCAGCCCCACGUCUGUACGCUUAGACCGUUGAAGUCCCCUCUGAGUCAGUCCCUCCCCUGCACCAGUUUAAGAGCCUUGCGCUGCUCCACCUCUUUCUCUCUUUCCUUUUCCUCAGGGUCUUCCUGCCCGCUGGGGUUUCGCCCCUCCUGGAUUCCCCUGACGCGCUAUCCCCCGACUGCUCUUCCCCCCUCCUGCGGGCUUUAGGACCUGGCCCUUCCUCCGGGCUCCCUGUACUUCCGCGCGCCUCUACAUUUGAACUUGGCGCGCGCCCAACCUCUAACUUUCCUUUUGACAGUUACACUACUCCCUUCACUACUCCCCUCCCCUUCCGGGAGGGUGGCUUGCUCCGACCUCCCUCCCUUCUCUGCUGCCGGAGCUGCUUCCCCUGAUACACUGGAACCUCCACCCCCUUCGCUGCACUCUGGCGGGGAGGCUGGUCCUGACGCCCAGCUGCCACUUUGGGAUCCCCCGCUGGCCCCCUGUUCCUGACACGUCCCCCCUGGGCUUGACCACUGGCGCCCCCUUCUGGGAAUCCUCUGAUUCGCUGGAAAGACUCAUGGAAUCUCUUGAGUCAUUGUCAUCCUCUUCCUCGCUGUCCUGGGAUUCAUCCCCAUCGCUCUCCAUCUCCUCCCUACCCUGUGCCUCUGUCCCUGAACCCCUGACAAUAUCUUUUUUGGAAUUUCCAAACCAGUAAUGCCCAGUAAAAAUGAUUCUGGUUUUUUCGGGAUAUUCACUUUCAAUAUUCUUUUAAGUUCAAGAUAAAUAUCAUUCCAGAAUGGUUUAAUCUUUUUGCAUGUCCACCACAUAAUGCAAUGUAGUUCCAUCAGGCUCUCCACAUCUCCAGCAAUUGUUUGCAAGGUUUUUAUACAUCUUAGCUAGUUUGCAAGGUGUCAAAUGCCAGCGAUAGAACAUCUUUUGGAGGUUUUCCCUUGUGGUAUCUCUAUAUUGUGGCCAAAAUCUUGGGCCCAUCUAAUCAUAGUUGGUUUAACCUCCUUCUCCUUGACUUCCCAGUCAAGGAGGAGUCGGUAUGUUUUCGAGAGAACUUUGGUUUUGGUCUUGAUUAAAUGUAUUUCAAAUCUUGAGUUUUCUACAGCGAAGCCUUUUCCUUUGUCAACUUUAAACCUCUCAAAUAAUUGGAAAUAUUGGAACCAGUCAGCAAUGUAUUCUCUCACUUCUUCAAAUUUCUUCAAUUUUAACUGGUUCUCCUCUUCUUUCAAUAGAACUUGGUAUGUCGGCCAAUUUCCCUCUGUAUUUUUUCUUUUUACCGCUAGUACCUCAGUUGGAGAUAUCCACCAAGGCAUUUUAAGUUCUAAGAGAUCUUUAUAUUUUUCCCAGAUCUUGUACAGUGAUUUCCUAAUAAUGUGAUUCAGGAAGUUUUGGUGUACUUUUACUUUCUCAUAUGCUAGGUAUGCGUGCCAGCCGUACCUAUUGUUGUAUCCCUCUAAAUCAAGCAGUUCUGGAUUUUUGAGUGUACACCAUUCUUUUAGCCACGUAAGACAGUCCGCCUCAUAAUACAAUCUUAAAUCUGGCAGGGAAAGGCCCCCUCUAUCUUUAAUGUCAAUUAAAAUCUGAUAUUUGAUUCUGGGCCUCUUCCCGUGCCAGAUGAACCUUGAAAUAGAUAUUUGCCAUUCCUUGAGGCAGCCCGUCCCACCCAGCACAGGAAUCGAUUGAAAUAGAAAAAGUAAUUUAGGUAGUACACUCACUUUUAUAACUGAAAUUCUUCCUGUAAAAGAUAACUUGAGUCCAAAUAUCCAAGUUUCUUUUGAUCUCCUCCCAAGUUUUUACAUAAUUAUCCUGAAACAGGUUGCUCUUCUUUGGGGUUAGCCAAAUACCCAGGCACUUUGCUUUUUGGCAAAUUUUCAGGCCAAAUGUUUUUUCCAAUUCUUCUUUUUCUUGAACUGAUAUAUUUUUAACCAAUAAUUUUGUUUUUGUUUUGUUCAAUUUAAAGCCUGCUACUUCACCAAAUUCUUGUAUUAUUUCAAUUAUUUUUGAUAGACUCUCUUUUGGAUUUUCUGUCAUUUUGAGCAAGUCAUCAGUGAAAGCCUUUAUUUUAUAAGCCCGGUUCCCUAAGGUUAUCCCUUUAAUUUGACUUCUUAUAUUUUUUUAUUUAAGAUUUCCAAUACCAAAAUAAAUAUUAGAGGAGAUAAAGGGCAGCCUUGGCAUGUACCUUUGUUAAUUUGGCAUUCCUUCACGAUAUUGCCAUUAAUGAUUAUUUUAGCUCACUGUUCAGCAUAUAUAGCACUUAUUCCUCUACAAAAAAAUUCUCCAAACCUCAUUUCUUUCAAUAAUUCUUUCAUGAAUUUCCACGAGAUAUUAUCAAACACUUUUUCAGCAUCAACUAACAUAAUCACAGAAGGUUUAUCUAUUUUAAAGUCCAAGUAUCCCAACACAUGAAUAACACAUCUAAGAUUUUCCUGCAUGUGACGUCCAGGUAGAAAUCCAGUCUGAUCUCUAAGUAUCAAUUCUUGGAGAGUUGUUUUGACCCUGGAGGCUAAGACAUCUGCAAACAUUUUGUAGUCAUUGUUUAGAAGUGCAAUAUGAUCGGUCUAUAAUUAGCUAUGUUUGUUAAAUCAACUUGUUUUGGUAUAAGCAUAAUGUAACUUUCUUCCAGGGACGCGGGUGGUCCUGUUGGUUAAACCACAGAGCCUAGGACUUGCCGAUCAGAAGGUCGGCGGUUCGAAUCCCUGCGACAGGGUGAGCUCCCAUUCCUUGGUCCGAGCUCCUGCCAACCUAGCAGUUCGAAACUGCAAGUAGAUAAAUAGGUACCGCUCCGGCGGGAAGGUAAACGGCGUUUCUGUGUGCUGCUCCGGUUUGCCAGAAGCGGCUUAGUCAUGCUGGCCACAUGACCUGGAAGCUGUACGCCAGCUCCCUCGGCCAAUAAAGCGAGAUGAGCACCGCAACCCCAGAGUCGGUCACGACUGGACCUAAUGGUCAGGGGUCCCUUUAGCUUUACCUUUAACUUUCUUCCACGUGUUUGGGAGAGUUCCAUUCAUCAAUAUAUCAUUCAUUAAAUAUUUUAGGGGAAGGAAUAAAAUUUAUUCCAUUUUUUUAUAAUAAAUUGCUGGGAGCCUAUCUGGGCCAGGAGUUUCCCCUAUUUUUGAUCUUUGUAUUGCUUGUUGAACCUCUAGGGACAUGAUUGGUGAAUUCAAUGAAGUAAUUUUAUCCUCUGGGAUCAAUGAUAAUUUGCUUUCUUCCAGGUAAUUUUUAAUUUUAUCUAUUCCUUCUGGAUCUUCUUUGUAUAAUUCUUUAUAAUAUUUAACAAAUUUAUUAUUAAUUUCAUUUUGGUCGUCUAUCCAUUUGUCUUCUAUUUUGAUUUUGUUGAUUAUUCUUUCUCUAGCUGCCAAACCAAAAGUUUUCCAGACUUAUUCCCAAAUUUGAAAUGUUUGUGAUUCAACCAUUUAAUUUUCCAUUCUAGCUCUUCAUUUAUCAGCAUUGAGAAUUGGGUUUGAAGAAUUUUGAUAUUUUGUCUGAUAUUUUCAUCAUCUUGAUGCUUAAAUAAUUCUCUUUCUUUUUUCUUCAGUUUCUCCCAUACUUCAGGUUUUUUUCCUUCAUUUUUCUUUUGUAUGCAUUCUGUUGGAUGAAAAAACCCCUAAACACUGCUUUGCUUGCUUCCCAGACAAUUUUCACAUUGGUUCCUUGAUCGGUUCCUUAAAUUCAUUUCAAAAUACUCUUUUGAUGUUUGCUUGGCUUUCUGUAAAAUCUUUUCAUCUUUUAAUAAGCUUUCAUUCAUGUGCCACCUCCUUAAUUUCCUCUCUUUUCCUUUUAACAAAAUUUCCACCAAACUGUGAUCUGAGAUGGUUCUGGGAUGAAUUUCAGCUUUUUUUGACUUCACUCAACAUGUUCUUAGUAAUCCAGAUUCCAUCAGUUCUUCCUGCUGAGUUGUUAGGAUCAGAAAAGUGGGUGAACUCCUUUUCCAUUGGGUGUUUAAACUUCCAUGCAUCAUUCAGACAAAUUAAAUCUAUUAAUUGGAAGAAAGUGUUUGGUAAUUUAUUUCGUUUGCUAUGUUUUUUUUCUUCUGUCCUAAUCCGGUUGGGUAACUCCAUUAAAGUUGCCUAAAAGAAUAAUUUUGUCCUAGAUAAUCCAUUAUUUUUUCUUCCAUUAUUUCCUUCCUUUUUGUUUUCUUUAGAAGAGAAAAAGAGAGAGGAUUGUUAGGUCCUGUGGCUUCUGUUCCCUCAAGGGCAGCUUCCUUCUAGUGCAACGUGUCUGCCAGAGGGCAGGUAGCGCAGGCCGAAGAUGUCCACUUUAGGCUGGCCUGUCAGAGUCCGUCAGCAUUCCCCAGUGUGGAAUAAGGGGGACCGGUGGUCUAACGUCAUCUAAUGCAGCUUCCUGUGUUCCCAGGUGAAGACUGGCAAAAUUCAUGCCACGCUCUCUAAAUAUAACGCUCCUGAACAAACUAACUAUGUCAAUGCUAAAAAAAAUUUUUUUUUGGCAGUAAGGUGCUCUCUGAAUCCUAUGCCAUAAAACCUUAUCAACAUUCAACACAGCCAGAUGGGCAGGGUAUAAAUAAAACAAUAAUAAUGAUACAGUGGUGCCUCGCAAGACGAAAUUAAUUCGUUCCGCAAGUUUUUUCUUCUUGCGAGUUUUUCGUCUUGCGAUGCACGGUUUCCCAUAGGAAUGCAUUGAAAAUCAAUUAAUGCGUUCCUAGGGAAACCGACUUCAGACCAGGUCCGGGGACAGUCUGUCCCCCGACCUCUUCUGAAGGCUGGGGGGGGGGGACAAGGGCUUUUCUUCCCACCCACCCCAGCAUUUUAAAAAACCCCGGGACAGCGGAGGGCUUCUCCGCUGUCCGGGGCGAUCUUAAAAUGCUGGCGGGCGGCAUUUUAAAAUUGCCCCGGGACAGCGGAGGACUUCUCCGCUGUCCGGGGCAAUUUAAAGCCCCUGGGAAGGCAGGCAGGGGGACAAAGACUUUGCCCCCGCCAGCCUUCAGAAGAGGUCCUGGACCUCUUCUGAAGGCUGGCGGGGCGAAGUCUUGUCCCCCCACCUGCCUUCAAAAGCUGUCCAGCCAAGGCUUCGCGGACCUCUCCGCAAGCAGCGGCAGCACUGCCGCUGCUUGCGGAGAGUUGCCGGCAUGCCGAAGCCUGCGCGCGCUGAGAUCAGCGCGCCCAGGCUUCGCGGACCUCUCCGCGAGCAGCGGCAGCGCUGCCGCUGCUUGCGGAGAGUUGCCGGCAUGCCGAAGCCUGCGCGCGCUGAGAUCAGCGCGCCCAGGCUUCGCGGACCUCUCCGCGAGCAGCGGCAGCGCUGCCGCUGCUUGCGGAGAGUUGCCGGCAUGCCGAGCCUGCGCGCGCUGAGAUCAGCGCGCCCAGGCUUCGCGGACCUCUCCGCGAGCAGCGGCAGCGCUGCCGCUGCUUGCGGAGAGUUGCCGGCAUGCCGAAGCCUGCGCGCGCUGAGAUCAGCGCGCCCAGGCGUCGCGGACCUCUCCUGCCUUCAAUAGCCGUCCGGGAUAGCGGGAAGCGCUUCCCUGCUAUCCCGGACUGCUUUUAAAAUGCUGGCGGUGGGGAGCAAAGCCUUUCGGCCCCCGCCAGCCUUCCUGGACCUCUUCUGAAGGCCGGAGGGGGGGGGAAGGCUUUGCUCCCCACCGCUAGCAUUUAAAAGAGGUCCCCGGAGAUUUCCCUAUGGGCUUUCGUCUUGCGAAGCAAGCCCAUAGGGAAAUUCGUUUUGCGAAGCGCCUCCAAAACGGAAAACCCUUUCGUCUAGCGGGUUUUCCGUCUUGCGAGGCGUUCGUCUUGCGGGGCACCACUGUAAUAAUAAUCAGUUAACAUGUGGACAACAACUUCUACAAUUUGGCAGAAGGAGGUUUGCCAAGCAACACACGAUAUGACAGUUCACAGAUAUUAAAGAGAGAGCUUUCUAUCCCCACCUGAGAUGCUUCCUAAUAUGUGUGCUCCAAACAUAACCUUUGCUAUUUUUAACUUGUAAAGGAGAGUUCAGGAAAAUAGUCUUUCUUGCCCACCAUCUUUACUAAAUUAUUAUUUCUGAGCAAUCCUCUGCUUUUGCUGUUUGGAUAAAUCAUGUCAGGGAAUAAUGCUUUCUCUAGAAAUUAUUUUUAUUUAUUUACAAAGACAGCCCUGUAUAUUAGGAAAGAGGCAUGUAGGCCUUCAAUAUGAAGUGAUAGCUCAGUUGCAGGGGAUUAUGUAUCUGCUCAUAAAUGUCAGCUGCAAGCCUGGAAUUCCUCUGGCAAGCAGAUGCAACUAGAGUGGCUUCUGUUGCCACAGUGUCUUGGCCAGGCAUGUGCUCCCUUUGUGGCCUAUAAAAAAAUUGAGUGCCUUUCUUUCCCAAAUAAAGGGUCUAUAUGCAACUCCCUUACUCAUGAGGUUACCAUAGACUCAUUAAAGGUUGAUGCAGCUCCAUGGCAGUGGACAGCUGUAGUGUGUAAUGUUACACACUAAUGUGAUUUAUAAGGCUUCUUCACAUUUUGGGGCUGCUAUGAAUAGCUUUUAUGGUGCGAUAAUUAGAACCUUAACAGUCAUUUGGCAUUGGAAGUAAACUUUGAUUGUAUGCCUUCUAUGUGGAUCAUCAAAAUUCCACUAAUUCCCAGCACUGGCAGUGCUGAUAAGAUGACAAUGUACAACACAGGCUUUGAGUCUCAAACCACAUGCUCAGGGGAAAUUCUCUGACUUCCUUUGGGCUUGAGGAUUCAAACCCUACAGCCCAGUCUUAAAAUGCCUGACUGUGCCUGUGGCCCCAGGGAUCCUUCAUCCUCAUGCAAUGUCCUCAGGGCAAUAUCCACCCAAAGUUAUAACACAUUUAAGUUUUGCUGAAUUCAAAUGGAGCAUUGAUGACUAUCACAAACCUUUCCUACAGAGAUCAGUGGGAUUUAAAAGUGCAUAGACUUGUCUGAAUUGUGCCUUCAUCAUUAAGGUGCCCAGAUAAAUGGCUCCUCUUAUGGGAAAUGUGUUUAUGCCAGCACACCACUAACAGUUCUCUGUACAUCCUGCUUUAUGAGCAGAUUUUGCAAGUGGGACAAGUCUUAAGAGCAUAGCUGCCAACAUUUCCCGUUUUUUAAGGGAAAUUCCCUUAUUCCAAAUAGGAUUCCUCACAAGAAAAUGGAAAAGUUGACAGCUAUGCUGGAAGGAAAGAGUGCUGGAAGUAGUUAGAUAUUGCUGAUGCCCUCCAGAUGCAUGCACAUUUUUCUGACUUAGGGAAAACACCAAAGAGUUUUUCAAGGUUUUUGUGUGUGGGUUAACUGAACUGGGGAAAAGCAGAGCUUGGGUAGGAGCCCAAGGUGCCCCUCACCCAGUAACUGCUUCAGCUUUUUGAAAUUGGCCGCCUUAAAGUCCAGAGUGCAUGUCUGACUACUCUCAGCUUUCCCUUGCCUCUGUAUCAUGAAACUUCCUCCCAAGUUUCCAGGUACUUCCGCUUCAUCUUUCAGUCCGUCCCCCCCCAUUGUUGAGGACUUCUUGGUUCUUCCACCUUCUGGGAAAUGAAGUGAGGCAAUGGAUGAAUUUGUUGGACCUUACAGAGUUUGAGUUUCAACAGAUCAGGGAAGUUGAAGCCUCCCUUUUGAAUGUUUGGUAAUCUGCUCUCGGAAGGCAUCAUCCAAGUCUGCAGUCUGGCUUGGCGAUCUAUGGCAGACUCCCACAGUAAGGUCACUGCUGUUUCCCUCCUACAGUUUUGAUCCAUGUACUCUCAAUCUGCCUUCCAUGCUAUACGUCAGGCAUAAUGCCACCAAAAACAUUUGGCUUGAUUGUUGCCACUAAUCAAAUCUCAUCUUUUGUCUUGCAGUGUCGUCCAUCCAGAGGCCGAAAAAGAGGAUACUGCUGGUGUGUGGAUAAAUAUGGGCAGCGACUCCCUGGAUAUGAUGGGAAGGGGAAAGGAGAUGUCCAUUGCUACAAUCUAGAAAGCAAAUGAGGGAUAUCCACCACCUUCUGUGGAAUCUGCGUGUGGCAUUUUAACUAUCAGAAGCCUUGGAAUGACUGGGCUGCAGCAUAAACUGCGCUAGACUUGGGAGCUCAGAGUUUUGUCCCUUCUUAUACUGCAGGGAGUCAGUCUCUGUGGUCUCUGCAGCUGCAACCUGCCACUGACACACUUCUGGCUUUCCAUCUUGCCACACAAAGAAUUCUGAAAUCCCAACUAAAUCUGCACUAUGGAUACCCAGAAAAAAUUUAGAGGGCUAAAAGGCACUUCAGAAUGGAUUCAGGGAGUCUCCACUGACUUUGUGUUUUUUUGUGUGUUUUUUAAUUAACAGCCUGUGACCAAUUUGAUCCCAAAAGAUAACUCUCCUUCUGUGUUGAAGAAUUUAUAGACUGUAAGCUUUGUAAAGAUAUUAAACAUACUGGAUAAGACCCAAUCCAAGCUAAGCACUUUUUAAGUUGCCUGGAUUUCAGUUGGGGAGUUAAGCAUGAGCUCAUUUUUAUUCCAGUGAAAUUACUUAUAAGUAAUAUAGUGUGGAGUGGAGCACACCCAAGGUUUCAAAGUAAAAGCAUUUUUAUUUUGUCUUUAUACAGGUCUGACGAGAAACUUUUAUCUUCACGGGUAAAAUAUUUUAUUAAAAAGAAAGCUCGAACUUUUUUUUAAAGAAACAUGUUUCUACUUGGC